CAUCUUUAAGUAAAAGCUGUAAUAACUUUUUAGAAAAUUAAAUUAUUAUAAAACUUCAGCUUAAGUUCCAGUUUAACAUAUCAACUAACUUUCAACAGUGGGGUAGUCUAAUGUCUGGCAUAAAAACCAUGGAUAAAAUGACAGUCGCUCAAAAAAAUGCAUAUCUUGAAGCUCAUAUGGCUGUUCAACAACAUAUGGCACAAGCAGCUUUUCACUUCAAACAACAUAAUCAGCGAUCUGAUACCCAGCAUAACACAAACUCUUCUAUUCAAAACAAUUCACAUCAACAAAAUAGCCAAAGCCAAAAUUCUCCAACAAAUAAUGUAGCUUCAGUUGUCCAACAACAGCAGCAACAACAGCAACAACAACAACAGCAGCAACAACAACAACAACAACAGCAGCAGCAACAACAACAGCAACAACAUCAACCGCAGCAACAUUACUCAAAUAAUAUAAAAGUACCUCAAAUAAGUUCAUCAAGUUCGGGCGGUGGAGAUAGCACUUUUACAGUUCCGGACGAUGUAGGUAUGGGCUUUGAAGGAGGUGUAAGAGUACUUCAAAGUUUGGGCAGCUGGUCGCCAGACAUUUCCUACAACGUUCCCAGACCAAAUCUUAUACCAUUUACGGAACCUUAUGUCGAAGGUGGUUCAAUGCAUCCUGCAAGUAGACUUAAGGCACUACAACAAGUUCAACAAGCAUCAUCCAACGUUCGGAAAACAAAUUCUUUGAAAAGUUCUAACAAGGCAUUUGAAUGCACGAUUUGUGGGAAGGCAUUGGCAAGGAAAGAUAAACUAACUAUUCAUAUGCGUAUUCAUACUGGAGAAAAACCAUACAUAUGCGAGGUUUGUAAUAAGGCGUUUGCUCGCAGAGACAAACUUGUAAUACACAUGAACAAAUUCAAACACGUAACUCCUACGAACAUAGCUCCUCUUGGCAAGCGACUAAAUAGUAUAAUCAAGAAAAACGAUCCUGAUAGCAAAGAUAGUAAAAAUAUCAUCGAGUCUAUACAAUCUUCCACAAACAUCGUAGUACAAUCUAGUCAACAUCAGCAAGCAACUACGGCUAUAUCUGGCAUCAUAAUCCCACAUCACCAUCAACAACAACUAUCAUGGACUUGUGAAUUAUGUGGUCGAAUGUUUUCUACUAGAGAUGAAUGGUCCUUGCAUGCAAAAAGUCAUUUAGAGGGUUAAUGUGGAUGUUUACACAGUUCAGGAAGACAAAAAAAAAUGAUGUUGAUGGAAGACAACUGAUAUGUAAAUUGUAUAAUAUAAUACCUCACAUAAAAUUGUAUCGAAUAAUAGGCCAUACGGAAAUACAUUCAAUUUAAUUAGUGAUUUUAUUUCGAAUAUUAGUAAAACAGCCUCGUAAAUUGCAUUUCUUACUGUAAAUUUAAAUAUAUUUUGAACAUAUAAUUAGAAAUUAUAAUAAACCAAAAUAAAAAAAAAAUAUUUUUUAGGAUUGGGGCUUAAUUUGCGAUCCCAUCUCUUGAAUUUAAACAUUAAAGAUCGAAAUAAUAAAAAUAGAAUUUUCUUCAUUUUGUUUAAAGUGGAAAGCAGUUAAAAAGGAUCGUUACCCAAACUUUUAUCUCGCCAUAAAAUAAACAUAUUCGGCCAUUCCAUUUUAACUUUUUGGACAUUUUGACGGUUAUAUAAAGUGCCUUUAUCUUGUUGAGGAAGCAAUUUUUUGUUCUUGCAACAUAGUGGCUCUAAAGGGGUCAUGAUAAAG